AGGUCUGCUUUCAGGCUUUCGGAGACAGAGUCAAACACUGGUGCGUACUCCACAGUGAUGGAGUGUUCACUCAUUCCAUCAGCCACACGUCUUUAGGCUGACAGUGAACAAGCCAUGGUGUGUCUCAAUUCUGGGGUAUGGAAAGGUAUCUUCGCGCCAGGACGAUCAAGCGACCGAGAACGAUCACCCGAAGGCGACUCCUCCACCGAACCGUGGAUAGUUGGCCACAGCGUCAUUUUAUCGCACGCAUAUGCAGUCAGACUUUAUCGCGAGGAGUUCAAGGCCGCGCAGGGUGGUCAGAUCGGAAUCAUGCUCAAUGGUGACUGGACCAUGCCAUACCACGACAGUCCACAGAAUGUGGAAGUGGCACAGUACGCCCUUGACGUAGUUAUUGGAUGGUUCGCUGAUCCGAUCUAUCUCGGUCAUUACCCGGAAUUCAUGAAACAGAUGCUCCAGGAGCGUCUGCCGGCGUUUACACCGGAAGAAUUGAAAGUCGUGAAUGGAUCCUCUGAUUUCUAUGGCAUGAACACCUACACCACCCACUUGUGCAGAGCCGGCGGCGAUGAUGAAUUCCAAGGUUUCGUCGAGUAUACUUUCAUCCGUCCUGACGGCACUCAAUUAGCGCACUGUGCCUGGUUGCAGGACUACCCCGAAGGAUUUCGCGAUUUGCUUAAUUACAUUUGGAAGAGAUAUAAACUACACAUCUACGUCACUGAAAAUGGAUUCGCUGUCAAAGAUGAGAGUUCGAAGCCGAUUGAGGAGGCAUUGCAGGACAACGCCCGUGUGAACUACUUCAAGGGUAACACCGCUUCUCUCAAGGCUGCUGUGCUUGAGGAUGGCGUCGAUGUCAGAGCCUAUUUCCCGUGGAGCUUUCUGGAUAACUUUGAGUGGGCGGAUGGAUACAUCACACGAUUUGGCGUAACAUACGUCGAUUAUGAUACCCAACAGCGAUAUCCCAAAGAGUCUGCAAAAUUCCUCGUUAAGUUUGGGGAUAACGUCGACGCGGGCGGCAGAUAG